UCCUUUUCUGCAUGUUAAUCUGCAGUCAAAUACGCUAUUAAUAAUAAAAGUUCUUCCUCUGCUGUUUGGAUAUUGUGCUCUUCCUCAUUUGCAGUGAUGACAUCAAUGCAUCUGAUCCUCAUAGGUCUUUCUGUUCUGCAUGCCAGGACGGGAGGAAUGAAUGAACACAGGCUUGAUAAACCAGUGCUGAAUGGUCCAUCCAUCGCAUUAAAAGACUCAAUUGAGUAUUUCUACUGUGAGAUUCCUGGACAACCGGACACAGUGAGGGUCCAUUAUGAGCUCUACGCUGAGACAAACCCAGAUAAGAUUAUUUCAUAUCACACCUCACUGACUGGAGAAAGAGCCAAUUUACUUUUAUUCGUAAGAGAGCAUCACGACGGUCGACUGAUCUGCAAGGCCAGCGCACACAAUAACACAGACAUCCAGAGCUCCUACAGUGACGCCUGGGACCUCAGAGUCAUUACACCAGUGGAAGGACUGGGAAUCGUUUCAGAUCCUUCCGAUCUGAAUGUGUGGGAAGGACAAAGUUUGACCCUCCAGUGCAGAAAUGCCCGAGGAACAUACGUCUCUUAUGAUUGGUUCUUGAACGAAAUGCCAGUUCAGAUGUGGUACGACAGGAAUAAUGACACACUGAUCAUACACAGACUGUCUGCUCAACAUACAGGCGAUUAUACGUGUGUGGCAUCAAACCAGUUCAACGACACAAUCACCUACAACUCCAGUAGUGAAGCUGUGACUGUAAAUGUUAAAGAAUAUUUGUCAAAGCCUGAGAUCCUGCUUGACAUUGUGAAGAUUGAGGAUGGUAAUUAUAAAGCCACGAUCACGUGUCGUGCUGAUAAAGGAACUCCGCAAAACACCUUUACAUUACUGAACCACACGGACAUCAUCACCACUGUAACAACCCAUAACACCAGCGCCGUCUUCAGUGUGCCCAUCCAGAUGAACAUCGAUAUGGGACGCAUGAAAUGCAAUGCUAGUAAUGAGGGAAACUGGGUGAUGAGUGAACCCACCAGAUUAUUUGUAGAGCCUGUAGGUGGCGCUGUGACAUUGACACCCUUCACACACAAAAAAGACUUCCAGGUUGUCGGUGUGGGUUUGCUCUGUAAAGUGGAGCGAGGGACGUUUCCGGUGUAUCGCUGGUUCCACAACGGCAGCAGACUGACGGGUCGCGGAGUUUUCUAUGCCGUGGCCUAUUCAGACGAAUCCUUCCUCUCGCUGUCUGUGGGUCGAAACAGUGAUGGAUUUUACCACUGUGAUGCUGCGGACAGAUUCGACAACAGCAGCAGCAUCAGCAGCGCAAAGAUGAUCAUCAGUAAAGAAGAGCUGAAUAGAGUCUCUCCUUUGGUUGCGGUCGUCGUUUUCACCUGUUUUGCUGUGCUGAUUGUUGCCGUGACGACUUGCUGUGUUUAUGGGGUUGUGCUGCGGAGACGAUAUUCAAGUAAAUACCCACUCACUGAACAACAUGGGAUAAACAUUAUUCCUGUUAAAGAGGAGGAUGAUGAAGAGGAUGAAGAUUAUCUAAUGUUGGAGGGUUAUGAUGAAGACGUCACCCGCGCUGACAGAAUGAGUGAUUCUAAUGAGGAUGAAGAUGAAUCUGUAGAUGAAACUCUCCAGUAUGAAGGCCCUGCUUCUGAAUAAUUCUCCACACUCUGUUAUUAAUCAGCUCCACUGGUUGAGUUUGAGACUGAGAUCCACUGUUUGUUUCCUCGCAGACGCAAGCAUAUCUUCACUUAUUCAUUGCAUGUUAUUCAUUCAGACAAAGCUUUAUUCAAAGCGGGACAAUAGACAAGCGCUCAUGGGUUGACAUGACUGUGACCAAUCAGAGGAGAGAGCAGCCAACAAUGUGUCUACUGUCAGAUUUAUGUGAAAUAACACUGUGUGCGUGUGUGUGUGUGUGUGUGUGUGUGUGACUAGGGUGGGAAAACUACAAAUCAGUAAUAAAUAAUUAUUUGUUUUGAUAAAGCAAACAAUGUUGAUUUUA